UUUUUAAACGGAUUUUUUUCUCUCUCUCUCAAUUACUGAUAAUGAGUCUAAUUGAGAGUUUCUCUUUUGACCUGUUGUUCUUGUUCUUGUCUUUAGAUUCUAGGGAUGUUCUUAAAGUCUUGGUUGAUUACAUUAUGAUCCUUCUAGAGUUUGUUCUGUGUCAUCAAUCUAAACCAAAUCGCUCAUAUUCUUACAGAAUAAAAGAAUUGAUUUAGACACUUUUUAGAAUUUUGUAUACAUUGGAUCAAGUAGCAUUCAAAAAAUAAUUACUGUUCUCUACAUUUUCAGUACUUACAGGUUCUUUAAUUUCAGUUUCUUGUAGGUUUUGGCAAUGAAUGGAUCAGCGGAAGCUACACGGACAAGACCAUUGCAGAUCAGUCCCGGUGAUUUAGAGGCUGCUCAUCUAGAUGAACUCAUAAUGGAAAUAGAACAGAGGAGUCUCUAUUAUUACCAAGAGAAAAACAAGUCCUUGAGAGCUCGUUAUACCUACGGAACCAUUUUCUUGAUCAUAAAUCUAUGCGCUUGGUUUAUCCGUGACUACGCACAAAAGGCUCUGGCCUUGCUUCCAUAUGUCAGCAGUUGUGGACCAGAAGGAAGUCGUUGUUUCCAUACGCUUGGAGUACUCCGCGUGAGUUUAGGAUGUUUCAUAUUUUACUUUGUUAUGUUCCUCUCAACAUGGAACACAAUGAAACUCCACGAAGCUCAAAACAGCUGGCACUCGGAUAAUUGGAUCUUUAAGUUUUUUCUACUGGUUAUAGUCAUGGUAGCUUCUUUCUUCAUACCUCAGCUUUACAUCCAAAUUUAUGGAGAAAUCGCUCGUGUUGGUGCAGGGAUAUUUCUUGGUCUGCAACUUGUAAGUGUUAUCGAAUUCAUCACUUGGUGGAAUAACUAUUGGAUGCCUCAAAACCAAAGUAAGCAAAGCUGUUCUUUUGGUUUGGUCAUGUCAAUAGUUUUCUACAUCGGUUCUGUUUGCGGGAUCGCAGUGAUGUACUACUUUUAUGGAGCUUCUACUGCUUGUGGCCUCAAUAUAUUCUUCAUCUCAUGGACUGUUAUACUUUUAAUCGUUAUGAUGGUUAUUUCCUUGCAUUCAAAGGUGAAGAAUAGAGGUCUUUUGUCUUCCGGGAUUAUGGCUUCUUACAUUGUCUUCCUAUGUUGGUCUGCGAUCAGAAGCGAACCUUCACAUACAAAAUGCAAUGCGCAUACUCAAAACAGCCAUACUGAUUGGACUACAAUACUGAGUUUCCUUAUAGCUAUAGGCGCCAUUGUGAUGGCAACAUUCUCAACCGGGAUCGAUUCAGAAUCCUUCAGGGUUAGUUUACAUUCACUCUCAUCUUGAAAAUCAAUAUUUUUCAGUCACAGACAUUUUAGAUCUUUAUUACAGUUCGAGUUUCGUAAAGAUGAAGCGAAAGAAGAAGACGAUAUACCAUACAGCUAUGGAUUCUUCCACCUUGUGUUCUCCUUAGGAGCAAUGUACUUUGCUAUGUUGUUUAUCAGCUGGAACCUUUCACAUUCCACAGAGAAAUGGAGCAUUGAUGUUGGAUGGACAAGCACAUGGGUGAAGAUAGUGAACGAGUGGUUUGCCGCAGCGAUUUACCUUUGGAAGUUGAUUGCUCCUAUUGUGAGACAGCAUAGAGUUCACGAACAACCUCAGCCAACAGCAGCAGAAGUUCACAGAUAGAUAGAUGAACUGAAAUUGACUGUGACAUUGCAAUUUUGAGAGCUGUGUGUUGUUUCCAUAAACAAAUUUUAGAGGAUCAGUUGUAAGAUUUCUUACAAGAUUACUAUAAGAACUUUUAUCAAACAAAGAUUCAUUAAAC